AUGGACAGUACCAGCGCCAAAAGCCCCAUCACUAUCGACAAUGAGAGAGAAUCCAGCUGGUAUAAGCAAGCGAUCACCAGGAAGGCACUCUCAAGUAUACCUGAUCAAUUUGAGAAGAUACCAAAAUCUGAGACACUCGAGUUCAGCCACUGCGAAAUUCUUGGCCCAACGGUCCUCGCCAACUUGCCACAAGAGGCUUCACCAAUGGUACUUGCCAUCGGCAUCUUUGACGGCAACCUUCCAUACAUGAGGCAGACUGUGUACGCCUUUGUACAUGGAUCGAAGCAUAAUCUAGUUGGAUUUUUCCUCAUCAUGCAGGACUUGAGCGUGUAUCGGAUACCACACGCCAGCCUUGAGAACAUCGAUUUCGUGGAACCCUUUUGUGAUCUUGGAGACCAAACCGUUGGCCAACAAACAGUUUGCAACAGACUACGGGCCAUAGUUCUUUAUUAUCUCUUAGAAGCUGGGCAUCUAAGGGGGUUUGGCCACUACAGAGAUUUCUGGCAGGAUUUUACAAAGUCGUGCGCGUGGAUUGCGAAUAAGGGAAGUCCACCAAAGCUACAGAUGAACGUACAGAAAAGAAACAGUCGACCGGAUUUAGACGCAGCGCUGAUUCUAGUCCCAAAUGCGGUUGUUUCGACAUCUGAAGAUGUCGCAUCCAAAAAGCGCAAAGGUGACGAAAGAUCUGACUCGGCACCCAACAUCAAGCGCCGCGACUACGGUCACAGAAUACAACGACCCAUCAUCAUCUCUAGGUCAUCUAGCCCAGAGAAUCUGGUCAUGGCAAAACGUAUGGAGGCCCAGCCUAAAGCCAGUAAGGCAGAAAACGAUUUGCUAAAAGCAGCGAUUGCUACUCAGACCAGACCGCUGGAAGUUAACCAGGCAAGAGUUCAAACAAAUCAUCAGCUUCAAGAACAAGUCACCAGCCUCAAAGCCGAAGUGAGUCGAAUCAAGGACGAAUACUCGUAUGGCCAAAAUGCAUAUCGCGGCAUUCAAGUUCGAUACGAUGAACUAAAGACGGAGCACGCCAACGCGCUCGACGACGGAGAGUGUCUCCGCGAGCAACUCCGACAAAGCCAGUUGCGUUGUGAACAAACUGAAAAGAGAACGAACGUACUAGAGGCGGAGGUAGAACUACUUAAGCGAAAGAUGAGGGAAGCAAGAAAAGCGUUAGACGAUCCGAGUCCUUAA